UACAUGUGUUUUUACUGAAAACCUCUAGUCUGAUCAUUUCUUUGGACUUCUAUUAAUUACUGUUCAUUCUAAAAUAUAUGCAAAAUUGGUUCACGUCAGGUUUCCCAACUCUUAGGGUUGAGUGGCAGACUAUGGAAAAUCCUGAUUUGCGCAUGUCAAUGGGAAUGACUUCUAAUCAGAACUGUAUCCUUGUUUCAAGAAUUGCUCCUGCAUCACCAGAAUUUCAUGUUCUGAAGCCAUAUGAUGUUAUCCACAACUUCGAUGGAAUUGCUAUUCCCAAUGAUGGAACAGUUCUCUUUACACAUGGAGAACGUAUCGGUUUCAGUCAUCUUGUUUCUCAAAAAUACACCGGGGAUAACGUCACUGUUAAGGUUCUCCGGGAUUCAAAGAUCAUCGAAGUCGAUAUUAAAUUGGCUACUCGCAAACAACUCAUCCUAGUAAACAUCAAAGCUCCUUCAUAUUACAUUGUUGGCUUUGUUUUUACGGCUGUAUCCCUUCCGUUUCUCAAUGGCCAUACAAUAUUGAGCAUAACGUAUCUAUGAAACUAUUUGACAAGCACUUCAAUGGGAUGAAGCAAUCAGAAGACGAACAGGUUGUUUGGUUAUUUUUGAAGCAAAGGUUGUUGUGAUCGGCCAGGUUUGUCACUCUUUUCAAAAUUUCCAAUUAAAAUAAAAAUCGGUAUGUUGUAGUUAGACUUGGGGAUACCAAAUAAAAUGUCUUUUUUGGACAAUUUGCAAAUGUUUUAGGAGCUUGUGGCGGACAUUUACAUCGGGUAUGAGGGGAUCAGGUAUACUCAGGUCAGGACAGGACACACUAGUUACUGUAUAUAAACUUGUUUACAGGUUUUUCCUUUCAAUGGUAAUCCCAUCUCUAGCCAAUAUAGUGUAGAACUGUGAGGAUGAAUUUUUGAAGUUUGAGUUGGAUUACAAGAAGG